AUGGUGGCGACGGGUGUGUUUGUGGCGGCGGCGCACGGCGUCGUGGUGACGGUGCGCAACACGACGGUGUUCGUGCUGCCCUCGGGAGCUUCUUCUGCGCAGAAAUUGCUGCGGUUCGAGGUGCUGCAGGGCGCGGACGGCGUCGUGGAGGCCCCGGCCGCUGCGGAGGACGAGGACGACGCCAAGAAGGGCAAGAAGAAGCAGGCCACGCAGCCGGCGCCGCCCGCCAACCGCAUCACGACCAUUGAGCUGUUCCAGCCGCAGGGCUUCGAGCUGCUGGCGCUGCUGCUGCUCGUGGACGAGCGCCGGUUGGUGCACUACGAGCUGGAUCUGGCGGCGGAGACGCUGCUGCUCAAGGCCUCGCGCUCCGUGCCCCGCAGCGCCACGUGCAUGGCGGUGGGCCACGUGAAGCUGCCCAGUGGAGAGACCAAGUACGCUGUCGUUGUGGGUCAGAAGACGGGCGAGGCCGUGGCCGUGCCGUUCCCCGACGUGGACCGCGACCUCAAGACGCUGCUGGGCCACACCACGUCCAUGGUCACCCAUGUGGCGGUGAACCACGACUCGUCGCUGCUGCUGACGGCCGAUCGCGACGAGAAGAUGCGCGUCUCGAGGUUCCCGAACGCCUCCAUCAUCGAAAGCUACUGCCUGGGACACGCUGCCAGUCUGACCAAGGUGGCGUGCAGCGCCGUCACGCCCGAGCUUGUGGUGUCCACGUCAAUGGACAACACGCUCAAGCUGUGGGAGAUGAAGACCGGCAAGCUCCUGGCAUCGGAGACGCUGCUGCCUGGUGUGAAGGUCUCGCUUGAGCCGCUGGACGAGGACGCGGACAAUGCCGGCGACGACAGUGGCCGCAAGGCGGCGAAGAGCUUGCUGAACGUGUCGCUGGCGAUUUGCCCCACGACGAACAUUGUGGCGGUGCUCGUGAACUACCAAAACGCGCGUUUCUUCGAGAUCGUGGCUGCUGAUGGCGCGCACGCUCUCAAGGAGGUGGCGAUCCCGAGCGAGGACACCCAGACGCUGCUCGCUAACGACCCGUGCGAGCUGCUGUUCACGGAGGACGGAGUACUUGCGGUGUCGUACAAGAAGAACCCUUACCUGCAGUUGUUCUCGAUCUCAAAGGGGGAGAGCAAGCGACUGUCGCCUGUUGACACUGCCGCUGCCGCAUUCAACGACUUCCGGAGUGCUGCUGCGACGAUCGAACUGAUUGACGACGAGGAGAAGGCUCUGGAUGUGCUGGAGGACGGCCUCAAGAAGAAGAAGGCCCGGACCGGCGAGUGGAACAAGAAGGUGCCGGGUGAGAAUUAA